AUGCCAACGUUCACUACCAACGACGCUGUUACUUUGCACUACAAAACGUACGGAACAAGUGGUGCUGUUCCAUUGAUACUCCUUCACGGAUUCACCGGGUCUGGCAAAGUCUUUCAACACAGUGUCAACGCGUUAUCGAAAGAUCGCUUUGUUAUAGUCCCUGACCUCCGCGGACAUGGCGACUCUGAGAAACCAAAGUCUGGCUUCCACGUUGCACGGUUAGCUAUGGACUUGAAGAAUCUCAUGGAUCACUUCAAGUUACAAGAUGGCAACAUUGGAGCUAUAGGAACAAGUCUGGGAGCUGCUAUUCUUUGGUGCUAUGCAGAACUGUUCGGAACGAAAGCAUUCUCGCACAUGAUGUUCGUGGAUCAGGCGCCUCUUCAAAACUAUUUGUCAGACUGGGGUCCUGAAUAUGGCAAUCAAGGUUGCAAUUCACCUGCAGCUUUGCUUGAGAUGCAAAGAGCUCUCGAAAGUGCGCCAAAAGAGGCCCAUCUUGGAACGAUAGCAGCCUGUCUAGGUUACAGGGCAUAUCCCCAGCCCGGGGAUCCUACUGUGAAAUCUAAGACAUGGCAGGAAGACGAAUCCUUCUUCCUCGGUGAAGCAUUGAAGGGAGAUGGAUGGUGGUAUGGCAAGCUCAUGGCUGAUCAUACUGCAAACGACUGGCGGUUCUCCAUCGAACACAACUUUGGGCCAAACAGUGGGAGUAAGACUAAAGUACAUGUCUUGGCAAGUGCUCGGAGUGGUUGCUUUCCUGCUGCGGGCCCACUCAAGGUCGUGGAGCUGGUGAACGGGAAAGGCAGAAAUGGGCUUGCACAGGGUGUGACAGUGGAGUGGGGUGGCCAUUGGUGCUACUGGGAGCAACCGAAUUUAUUCAACAAGAUGGUGCUCGAUUUCCUAUCUAGUUAA